AUGUCGUCUGGCCUUCCAAUAACACUUCUCACCGUGUUGGUGGUCUUAUUGGUGAUACAGCGAUGGUUGGAGAGAAAGAGGUUACCGGCUGGUGUGAGGCCUUUGCCUGGGCCUACUAGCCGCGUCCACGACGUACCAGAAAAGGGAUCGUGGCUCAAGUUCUACGAAUGGAGCAAGGUGUACGGCCCCAUCUACCAGACCAAGAUGUUUGGCGUCACACACGUCUGGAUCUCGUCGGAAAAGAUUGCGCAUGAUUUGCUUUCACGGAGGGCCAAUAUUUACUCGGAUAGGCCGCUGAUUCCGAAUUUACCUGAUAAUCGGACUAGUGGUGAUUAUUUGGCUUUGUUGGGAAGGAAUGGUGAGCCCUCCUUUAUCCUCGCACCUGUCACUGAAGGAAAAGCCCAUGUACUGAUGAAGACUGAAAAUGAAAAAGACAUCUGGAAACGCCAACGAAAACUCUGCAACCACCUCAUGCACGCCUCCGCCCUCGCCUCCCUGCACGACUACCCGACCCUGGAGCGCAACCGCUUCUUGUAUCUCCUCUCCCAGUCCCCCAAAGAUUACAUCGAGUACAUUGAGCAAUUCACCUCGCGCACCGUCUCGCGUCUGUCAUGGGGCUCUGCCCACCCGGCGCAAAUCCUGCGCCACACCACCUUCGGUCUGCUCGAAACCAUCUCUCCCUCGGGCGCCCUUCCCAACGUGAUCUCCUUCCUCCGCCACCUGCCCUUGACCCUCUCCCCCUGGAGACAGAAAGAAAAAGCGCGGCACGACCUCGAGGACAAACAAUUCCGGUCCAACAUCGGCUUCGUGAGGAGAAUGAUGGACCUCGGGCGCGCCGAGCCUUCGUUUAUUCGCACCUUUUUGGAAGAACAACAACAACAACAGGGUGGCAGCACCAAGGGUGCGUCCGCCGGCGAAGAGGAGGAAGAAGAAAAAAAGAUGAAGGAGGCAGAUGAAGCGAUGCACGUUGUCGGACUCAUGGCCAUCGCUGGCGCGUUGACCAUUGGAUCCCCGAUUCAGACUUACAUACUGGCCAUGUGCCAUUAUCCGGAGUGGCAGGCCAGGUUGCAGGAGGAGAUCGAUGUGAAGCUCGCGGGGAGAUGUCCGAUGUGGGAGGAUCGGGAACAGUUGCCGUUGUUGAGGGCGGUUGUUAAGGAGGUUAUUAGGUGGAGGCCUCCUGUCCCUACUGGGAUUCCGCAUGCUAUUGAGAAAGAUGAUGUCUAUGAGGGAUACUUCAUCCCUGCUGGAGCUACGAUUCAUGCUCUUGAGUGGGCCAUAACCCGCGACGAAACCACUUACCCAGACGCCGAAACCUUCAACCCCUCCCGCUUCCUCCUCCCCUCCUUCCCCCAAACCUACCGCGAACCGCUCACAACCUACCCCAACCUCUCGGGCUUCUCCCAGUUUGGUUUCGGCCGCCGAACCUGCCAGGGCGUGCCCAUUGUCGAGCAAGACCUCUUUCUCACAAUGGGCGGCAUGGCCUGGGCCUUGACCAUCACCAAGAAGACUGACCCUGUCACCGGCCAACCACUUCCCGUACACUGGAACGAUUACACGCCCCUCCUGAUUGCCAAGCCGUGCAGGUUCCCAUUUGACGCGGUGCCUAGGGACAAACACAAGGUGAGGAAGAUGAAAGAGAUGCACGAUGAGGCUGUUGAGAGGGAGGAGUGCGAGAAGGAGGAGAGUAGGGAGGAGAGGGAACGGACGGAACGGUGGAUGGUGGAGGGAGGGGUCAGGCAGAAGGAGGAGGAGAUUCCUUGGCAGACUGUUGCGAGUUCUGCUUCUGCUGGUGCUGAUGCUGCUGGUGUCGAUGUUGCUGCUGCUGGAGCGGUUGAGGCUCAUGGGGUGGUGUCUGUUGCGACUGACGCCCCGGUUGCUCCGGGUGUUUCUGUCGUUUCAGUCGCCCCCGUCGUCAACGUCGAUGUUACUCCUGUCGUCAAUGUCAAUGUCAUCACCAAGCUCAACACCAACAACACCAAGCCCAGGAUCACCAAGCCCAAGGUCACCAAACCCAGGACCAAGACCAACACCGGCCUCAACACCAAGUUACUCAAGACGGUCCUCAAGAGGAAGCCAAGCUCAUGGCCGAGCACGACGUCGAACACGCCUCCGAAUCUCAGACAAAGACUACCACAUCAAGCCGCACCUCCUCUCCAGCUUCCACCAGGAGGAGCAUGA